AUACAUAUAUAUUUACAGAGGGAGAGCUAGUACAUUCUUGACAGGACGCUUGUGUUUUUUCUUAAAUACAAAAUGACCACCGUUGCAGCUAAACCAUUGAAACAAGUGGUCCCAAUCGAUCCUUCAAAAUCGGCACCUCUAAAAGAAAUUCCAGAUAUUCUAGUGGACCCCAGAACCAAGAAGCGGUACUUAAGAGGCCGAUUUUUGGGGAAAGGCGGGUUUGCAAAAUGCUACGAAAUUACAGAUAUGGACACUAAGGAGGUUUUCGCCGGGAAGGUGGUGCCCAAAUCUAUGCUGCUUAAGCCCCACCAAAAGGAGAAAAUGUCUAUGGAAAUCACCAUUCACAGAAGUUUGAGCCACGCAAAUGUCGUUGGGUUUCACGGUUUUUUUGAGAGUGAUGAUUUUGUCUUCGUCGUCCUGGAAAUCUGCAGAAGGAGGUCUCUGCUGGAGUUGCACAAAAGAAGAAAAGCUUUGACUGAGCCCGAAGCGCGUUACUACAUGAGACAGACCAUUACAGGAUGCCUCUAUCUUCACAACAGCAGGGUGAUUCACAGAGAUCUCAAGCUGGGCAACCUCUUUCUCAGUGAUGACAUGGAGGUCAAAAUAGGUGAUUUUGGUCUGGCCACCAAGAUAGAGUAUGAUGGAGAGCGAAAGAAGACUCUGUGCGGGACGCCAAACUACAUCGCGCCUGAAGUGCUGUGCAAAAAAGGCCACAGCUUCGAAGUGGACAUCUGGUCCCUCGGCUGCAUUCUGUACACCUUGUUGGUGGGGAAGCCUCCGUUUGAAACGUCAUGCCUUAAAGAGACGUACAUCAGAAUUAAGAAGAAUGACUAUACGGUUCCUAGACACAUCAACCCAGUGGCAGCUGCUCUGAUGAAGAAGAUGCUGCAGGCUGACCCGACGACCCGCCCCACGAUUGCGGAGCUGCUCAAUGACGAGUUCUUCACUACUGGCUACAUCCCCCAGCACCUCCCAACCACCUGCCUGACUGUAGCACCCCGCUUCUCCAUCGCACCCAGCAGCAUCGACGCCAGCUUGAGGAAACCACUCACAUCACUCAACAAAGGAAGUCCUGUUGAUAAAAUGGCAAAACAGGAAGAGAAGGAAGACAUGCAGUACAGGGAAAUGGGUGAGGCUAGUGAAAGCCACCUGCAAGACCUGCUGCAGCAGCUCACCAGUGUUAAUGCAGCCAAACCAUCAGAAAGGGCUCUGAUCAGACAAGAGGAAACUGAACAUCCUGCUUGUAUUCCUAUCUUCUGGAUCAGCAAGUGGGUGGACUAUUCAGACAAAUAUGGUUUGGGUUACCAGCUGUGUGACAACAGCGUCGGCGUUCUGUUCAAUGACUCGACAAGGCUGAUCAUGUACAACGACGGAGACAGUCUGCAGUACAUCGAGAGAAACAACUCUGAGUCUUACCUGAGUGUGCGCUCCUACCCCUCUGCACUGACCAAGAAAAUCACUUUGCUGAAGUAUUUCAGAAACUACAUGAGUGAGCACCUGCUCAAGGCAGGGGCUAACAUCACUCCCCGGGACGGUGACGAGCUGGCACGACUGCCUUUCCUGCGAUACUGGUUCAGGACAAAGAGCGCCAUCGUGCUACACCUCAGCAACGGCACUGUGCAAAUCAACUUCUUCCAGGAUCACACGAAGGUCAUCCUCUGUCCGCUCAUGGCAGCGGUCACCUUUAUUGACGAACAGCGGGAGUUCCGCACCUACAAGCUGAGUCUGAUUGAGGAGCAUGGCUGCUGCAAGGAGCUGGCCAGCCGGCUGCGCUAUGCACGCACCAUGGUGGAGAAACUACUGGCGCCCAAGUCUACUGCGGUGCGCAAGAACUCUGCAGUCACGGAGCACACCUGAACAGGGCCACCAGCCAAGCGAACUCUGCUCCUAACUUAAUGUGUUAUGUAAAUACACCUGUCUUAUUUUAAUUGGUUUUUUUUUUUUUUUUUUUUUUUUAAAUGAGCAGUUCUCUGUGUCUUAAGUACUACUGUGAAUGGAGACACUUGGUAUGUAUUUCUGUUCAAAGCAUUGUUGAACCUGUAAAUAAGGGCGAAUUCUGGGUUUUCACUGUAUUGGUGAGGGUGUAGUUUGCUCCAUAAUACCUCGUUCAGUCUGUAGACCCAGGCUGUGUGUGAAAUGUUUAUCCAGUGAAGUUCCACUGAGACUGUUUUCAAACUCUAAUCAAAACAGUAGGGAAAGGAAUGUACCAUGUAAGCUGUCGGAUGUCUGUGCUAUACUGUUGCUCCAAAUCCUGUGUCCUGUAUUCUUGAACUGUUUUCUUCCAGUUGCUUUUACUGUACUUCCUGUACAAAGUCACUCCGUACAAAUGAUGUUACAAAUGUCUCAUCGCUCAAAGAUGUGUUUUUUAUUGGAUAUAUUGUAAGUGAA